GUAAAUAGAUGACUGGCUAACAGCGCCGGGAGGGGCUAUUUAAGCAGCAGCCUCCUGCCGGCCCACCCUGAACUUGGCUGGGCUCCCCGCCGCUCCGGUGGAAACGCGAAGCCAGCUGCGUCCUACUCUGAAGCCAUGAACGGAGGCGUGUGCCUGUGCGUGCUGAUGGCUGUACUGGCGGCGGGCGCCCUGGCGCAGCCGGUACCCGCGGCGGACCCUGCGGGCCCAGGGGCGCAGCAGGAGGAGGAAGCGCUCCGGCGGCAGCUGAGGGCCGUGCAGAAGGUGGACGGCGAGCCCCGAGCGCACCUGGGCGCGCUGCUGGCCAGAUACAUCCAGCAGGCCCGGAAAGCUCCUUCUGGCCGAAUGUCGGUCAUUAAGAACCUGCAGAGCCUGGACCCCAGUCACAGGAUAAGCGACCGGGACUACAUGGGCUGGAUGGAUUUUGGCCGGCGCAGUGCUGAGGAGUACGAGUACCCGUCCUAAGGGCCCCCACCUUUGUCAGCAGCCAGGAAGCAACCUCCUGGCUCAGAGGAGGCAGAAUACGAAAACAAUGACACUCACGACCCAUUGUCUCCGAAGUUUGACGUUUUAAGUAUCUAUUUAUUAAGUUUUCAAUGUGAAAACUAUGUCCGUAAUCUUGUUCACUACAACCUCACCCCUCACCGGAAUUGUACGAGCGGAAGACAAACCGUUUUCCUCGUCUGUGACACCUGGUCCUAAAGUGUUGCUAUGCUAUUAAAAUGAUUUCAUCCUG